UAUUGCAUUAGCUGUAUAGCAUCAGAGCUUGAAGUCUGUGUAUAAAAGUACGACUAGAUCUAGGUUGAUUCAACAUGCCGGGCCAAAACGGACAAUUGGAUCUAAAGAACAAACAAGGUGGAAAAUUAUUUGGUCAGCUGAAAAACAGGCAAACUGAAGAAUUAACAUCGAUAAAUCAGGCGUACUUAGAGGAUGACUCGUUACAGGAAAUAGAAGAUUUACCCGAGAAACUCAACAAAUACAGAGAUCAAUUCAUGGAGUUUGAUUUAGACAACUCCGGGGAUAUUGAUAUCAUGGAAUUGAAACAGAUGAUGGAGAAGCUGGACUGCGCUAAGACACAUUUAGAGCUGAAGAAGAUGAUUGCUGAGGUGGACACGACGGGGUCGGGUACUAUCCUGUACAGGGAGUUUCUCGAUAUGAUGUUGGGCGGAAAGUCAACAGUCCUCAAACUUAUUUUGAUGUUCGAAGAGAAGAUGCGUGAGAAGGAAAGGCCAUCUGGACCACCUCCCAAGCGGGAUCUGAGUAGUCUCCCGUGAAUAUGGUGCCGAAGUGAAAUACCCAGGAUGGAUGAGGAUCGUCUUGAAUGUGUGAAUGAGGCUUUGGAUGGAUGGCUAUGUCUGUUGGUUAGAUGAUAUGACGAAUGAAAGAAGAAUGUAUGGGUGAUAGCACAGUUUUGAUUUUUAUUUGUUCCUUUUUUUUCAUAAAUACCACGCAACACUAUAUUUUUUCAAUUAAAAUGUUAUGUAUGUAUAUUGUCAUUCCAAACAUUCUUAAUUCGCCAUUUAUCUAAAAGGACUUUUAAGGAAUUAAAGGUUUAUAGAAAGUCGAUAUAACAUGUUUUUAUUUCAGUGAUAUUUGUUUUUCAUUAUGUAUCAUUUUGAAUUAAGCAUCACAUACACAAUACAGUGUAGUGUUGUGACGCCAUUCCUAUUGUAAUCGUUGUUAAUAAUGUACAGGAUAUGUCAGAUUAAUGAUUAAAUAAAAUGCAAUCACUACAU